GCCUGAAAAUAACGCAUGGGACACUUGGGAAAGAGUAUCCACCAGACAGGAACACAUGUGAAUUACAUACUCCACAGAAGAGUUCAAGUCAACACUAACUUGGAUGUUGAGGAGCUGCUGUUUACAACCGAGAAGGAGGAUUGGGACCAUGGCUGGAGCUCUGGCUGGGUAAAGUGACAGGAUUCUCUCUGAUGCCCUGUGUUUGAUGAUUUCAGAGAGGGCAGAGGUCAUGUGGAGUUAUACCUGUGAGGCCGUCUGCAGGGAAAUGUGCUGACAUCAGAGCUUUGUAUUUUAAACGGGAGGGAGCAAAAAGAUGAGGACGAUGCUUCAGUGACCAAACAGACGAAGCUGUGUUUGCAUAGAUCGUAUCAGGCUGUCAGUGUGGAGUAGAGCUGGAGGCUGCAGGGUGUCUGGGUGCUGUGGGAAGUUCCUGGGAGUCACUCAGAGAGACACACACUUGUACAGAUAAACCGGAUUGGCGCUCUUUCACAGAAGGAUUUAAAACGGAGUCUCACACCUUCACCUCCUUGCACGGGCGUGGACGUUGUGGCUGCACCUCUGGGAUUUGAAGGAGGCAGGCUACCGGGGUUGGUGCUGGCGGGAUGGUGGUGGUGUGGGCCUGGCAGGCUGUUCUGCUGGUGACCGGAGUGGCAUCACUGAGUCGGGGGUCUCAUGCUAACAUGUUGGAGACCAUGCUGCUAAAGAACGGCUGGAAGGGGGGAUCAGAGAGGAGGGCAGAGGAGAGCAGCAGCAGCGGCACAGCCACAGUUUCACCUCAGAACAUGCUGUGGUGUCACUGCUACCAUCACUGCCCAGAAGACUCCGUCAACAACACCUGCAUGACUGACGGUUACUGCUUCACCAUGGUGGAGGAGGAGGAGGGCGGUCUGGCAGUGGUCACCACAGGUUGUUUGGGUCUUGCUGGCUCUGAGUUCCAGUGCAGGGACACGUGGAAUGCACGCUCCAGGAGAGCCCUCGAGUGCUGCACAGAUCAGGACUACUGCAACAGAGAUCUGCAUCCAACUCUUCCUCCACUCGUGACAUCAGAUUAUGUCGACAGCAGUAUCCAGUACAUGGCUCUCUUCAUCUCAAUCACAGUCUGCAGCAUCAUUCUUGGUCUCAUUCUUAUCUUCUGCUACUUCAGAUAUAAGCGGCAGGUGUCACAGCCACGCUACAGUAUCGAUCUGGAGCAGGAGGAGACCUACAUCCCCCCGGGGGAGUCCCUGAAGGACCUGAUCGAGCACUCCCGCAGCGUGGGCUCUGGCUCUGGCUCAGGACUCCCUCUACUGGUUCAGCGAACCAUUGCGAAGCAGAUUCAGAUGGUGAAGCAGAUCGGAAAAGGGCGAUAUGGAGAGGUGUGGAUGGGCAAGUGGAGAGGAGAAAGAGUGGCUGUUAAAGUGUUUUUCACCACAGAGGAAGAGAGCUGGUUCAGAGAAACAGAGAUCUAUCAGACCUUCCUGAUGAGGCAUGACAAUAUACUGGGGUUUAUAGCAGCAGAUAUUAAAGGCACUGGCUCGUGGACUCAGCUCUACCUGAUAACAGAUUACCAUGAGAACGGGUCUUUAUACGACUACCUCAAGUCCAACACGUUAGAUGUCAAGGCUCUGUUGAAACUGGCCUACUCGUCCAUCUCCGGCCUGUGUCACCUUCACACUGAGAUCUACGGCACGCAGGGCAAACCAGCCAUCGCACACAGAGACCUGAAGAGUAAAAACAUCCUGGUCAAGAAGAACGGGUUCUGCUGUAUCGCAGACCUUGGACUCGCUGUCAAGUUUAAUAGUGAUACAAAUGAAGUGGAUAUUCCUCCAAACCUAAGAGUUGGUACGAAGCGCUACAUGCCUCCUGAAGUGUUGGAAGAAACCCUGAACAGGAGCUACUUCCAGUCCUUCAUCAUGGCUGACAUGUACAGUUUUGGCCUCAUUGUUUGGGAGAUGGCCAGACGUUGCAUAUCUGGAGGCAUCGUGGAGGAAUAUCAACUGCCCUAUCACGACCUGGUGCCCACAGACCCCUCCUACGAGGACAUGAGGGAAGUGGUCUGCAUAAAGAAACAAAGACCUUCAUUUGCCAAUCGCUGGAGCAGUGAUGAGUGUUUACGGCAGAUGGGGAAACUGAUGUCGGAGUGCUGGGCUCCCAACCCGGCCUCUCGCCUCACAGCCCUGAGGGUGAAGAAGACCCUGGCCAAGAUGUUAGAGUCCCAAGACAUCAAACUGUGACAGAAAGUCAAGAGAGAUGCUCUCACCACAGAGGUGUCACUGCCACUGGCCCAGCGCCGCUGACACUGGCUAAUAGAAGAAAGGGAAAAAAAGAGACUGUGAAAUGCUGGACAAAGAAUACUGACAGCGAGGAUGACUGAUAGAGAUAAUGGUCGUUGGGCGCCAGAAAAGAAAAGAUUUAUUAUGUCAGGAGAGGUCUGUCCUCCUGUUGUCUGAGCCGUGAGUUCAGGUUGUGCUUUCUGUGAAAGCUGAGUGUUAGUCGAGUCCAGACUGUCCCUGUGUGUGGGCGGACAGGGACCCUUCGUAGCAGGAGAGGAGGGCUGUAAUCCUUCUCAUCAGGUCUAAAACAGAAGAAACUCCUGCUCUGCUUCGCUAAAGCCAUACAGCAGUAUUCUAUGUGCAGUCUUUUGUACUGUAUCAGCUGCCUACAUGUUUUAUUUUAUGUCAAAUCCAUCCAUACUGACAGACAUGCACCCAAAGUAAUGUCUAAUUCUUGCUGAGUGACCUCAUUCCAAAUAACAUGAUAAUGAUUUGAAUAUUUUUGUAGAACAAAGUCACAGAUUAAACAGAUUAAUCUAUAAUAGUUCUAUGGACUCUAAUAUUAAAGAAAUGUCAUGUUAUUGUAGAUUUAUGACUUUGGUUGGACUGAGGCCUUGACCUGCCAUUCAGAAUGCAAAAGUGUAACGUAAACUGAAAUCUAUUGAUAAUUAUUGCCUUGCUGGAUGAUGAACAUGUGUUUUUGAUGAUUGAUGUGUGUACAGAAUAUGUCCCGUCCACUCCAACACUUUUGCGUUUGCCUUAUUUAACCUGUAUAUAUGUGACAGACGUGAGUGUGCAAGUGGAUGUGGAUAACAUUCCCCAAUAAAAGAACAACGUGUCUGAAAACAUGUCUAUCAAUGUCAAACAGAAGGAGAAAUAAGUUAUAACGGAAACAAAUCCUAAUAAAUAACGUCCUGAUGCUCAGUGUU